AUGGCGAGCGGGCAGAAUCAGGAGUUCAGUGUGAAGGCCGGCCAAAUCGUGGGCCAAGCUCAAGCAAAGAGGGACGAUUGCAAAGCAGACAACACCAACUCUUCCCAAGCUUCAGGCUUUUUCCAGCAGAAAGGGGAGAAUUUGAAGAGCAUGGCACAAGGAGCAUCAGAGGCAGUGAAGAACACAUUGGGGAUGAACACUACUGACAACGACACUGAUUACAAGAACAAGAACCCUUUGGACAAGAAGAAUCCUAACAACACAACCUGUCCAAGCAUGCCUGGUCAUCCUCCUUCCGAUAUCUAA